AAUAACUUAUUUAGAAGCAUCUGCGAUGAAUAAGGACGAUAUCAUUGCAUUUUAUGGAAAAAGAGAAGUGAAAGAGACAUAUAACUAUGAUAUUUUGGCAGAUGAUAGAGUUUCUUUAUUUUCUUCAAUGAGAGAAACAAAAAAUGAAAAUUAAAAGACUUUAAUUUUGAGUAAUUAACCAACAAUAUAUUGCUGUCUGAGUAUAUGUAGUUUUUUGAUUGCUCUAUCAAAUUUGCCAGAAGAGGAUAGGAUUUAUUUUUUUUAUGAUGAUCCAUUAUCAUACAAUGUUGGGUUAGUUGUAAGUUAUUAAUUUAAGUAAGAGGUUUGUAUGUGUUGUCUAUGUAUUUUGGGUAUAGUAAUCUCAGAAAUUAUAAAGAAAUCAUUUACAAAUAAACAAAUAGGAACUUUGCCGUUUUUGACAAAGAAACAACAUAAAAUGAAUUUUAAUCCCACCAUCUGUCUCGCAGGAUAGGUUGCUCAUUUACUAUUACUUAUUGAAAUAAUUCUCUAGGCGAUGCCAACUUAAUUAUUUUAGCAUGAAACAUUAGUGGAUUUAUCAUUUUUACUAAAUAUGGUUUAUUUUGCAUAUGCAAAUAGUUUUUUAGAGAAAAAGAAGGCUGCCUAGAUGCAUUAUAUACCAUUUAUCUUAUAUAUUUGUGUCACUCUUGCAUGUAAUGAUUUAUAUAAUUUAGAGUGUUAUGCUAAAAUAAUUCCAUGAAGUUAUAAUAUACACAUAUAUGGAAAGUGUAGACAGAGAGAGUUAUAUUAACAUAUAUGGGAAUAAUGUUAUAAGGAAUAUAAUUUUAGUUGUUUAGACCAGCUAUAUAGGAGAUGGAGAGAAAUCAAAAUAUUUUGGCAGAAGUUCUUUGA